AUGCAUCUUCGUGUACUGCGUGUGCAGCAAAGUCUCGCCAAUGGUUCUAUACUGGCUGGUUUGAGCCCGACAGGAUACGUACGACGCUACGCUACGCAAAACACACGUCGAAACGAAGCAAAACCUGCCCAGCCCGACACUACUGAGCAAAAAGCGUCCAUGUUUCCUUCGGGACGACAACCAAAGAUUAGCAUGGCACUAGGGAUUGCCAUGAUGGUGUGUGGACUGGCAGGAUGGAUAUACUAUCCCAAAGUCGCGGACUUUGAGAACAAGAAACUGGAAGAAAUCAAGAAUAGGCGACCGGAGGGUGUUCCUCCUCAAUAUCCAACCUCGACCGUUGAGCGAGAGGCGCAAAAGCACAACGAAGUCAAAUCGGAGUGA